UCAAUCCCAAUACAUACCAAUUGUACGAUCAAGUCAAUUGAGCAAUGGCUUCCAGAGUAUUCCUGCGGCAGCGCAUUGCGCCUAUAGCAACUGGCGCAGCCUUAAUCGGAAUGGCUCUCUAUCCUCAGAGACCAUUACAUGCCGAAGCACCAGAUGGAAGAAAACCUAUCUAUGAUGACUUCGAGGAGCUCCCUCCCACAUCCGCUCCAACUCUACCAUCAUCCAAAUCUCCAAGCCCCGCAUCGGAGGAAUUAUUAAAAAAACAUACUGGUCCAACUCCUACCGACAGGCUCGCUGUACAAAUAGGAAAGAGUCGAUUAUUUCUCUAUGCACAUGUCGUCGCUACCGAAAACAAAUUGAACUCCAUAAUGGACUCUGCCCUUAACCUUGAAUCCAGUUUUACAUCCACGAUUGCUUCACUUGCACCAUCCCAACAAUCUGGGGAGAAGUUAAUGCCUGGAGCUAUCUAUGUUUUGGUUGCUGCUAUGACUGGUUCAAUUAUAUCACGAAACAGAAACAUCGUACUGAGAGCUGCUGUUCCAUUCGCAGUCGGGAUUGGAGCAGGAUGGGUUGUUCUUCCAGUAACGAUGAGAAAUGUCGCCAACUUGGCAUGGGAAUAUGAGAGAAGAUUUCCAGUGAUUGCGGAUACACAUAUUAGGACAAGGGAGAGCAUAGAGAACGCAUGGAGAAUGGCACGGGUGCAUUCAAAGCAGGCAAUUUCAAUAGUGGAUGGCAAGGUCACCGAAGGAAGAGAAAAGGUAGAGGACUGGGUCAAGAAAGGAAAAUAGAGGAGCCGAUUGAGUCUGUAGGAUUGUUUCGGAUUUGACGAAAGCAAAAGCACUGCUGACCCUGUACAAAAUCCUUAAUGAAAAUUUCGUUCUAUUCUGCAGCCCAGAUCCGUCGAGUUUUGGCUGUAAUACAAUUUGAUCGAGACUGUCUUUUUUUUUUUGAGACAUC